UUGGUCUGGGGUUCGUUAUAGCUUAUAUGAAUAGUAAGAAAGGGUUGCCGCAGUCUAGGAGGAAGAGAUGGAUCGCACCUUAUCUUCAAGAGUUUGUUGAGGAUGCUGAUGGUGGAGUUUAUGUGGGAGAUGUUAUUCGAGAGCGUGAUGAUGGUCAUUUUGUUAGGUUUACUUGAAUCUACUUAGGAUCUACUUGGAAUUUACUUAUAAGGUAUCUCAAAUUUACUUGAAUUCUACUUGCAAGAUAACUUGAAUCUACUGUUGAGAUAUCUGUGAUCUACUUGUAAGGUAACUUAAAUUUGCUGGUGAGAUAUCUCAAAUCUACUGGUAAGAUAACUGUUGAGAUAACUGGGAUCUACUGGUGAGGUAACCUAAGUUUACUUGUGAGAUGUCUUAGGUUUACUUGUAAGAUAACUGGAAUCUACUUGUAAGGUAACUUAAGUUUACUGGUGGGAUGUCUUAGGUUUACUUGCAAGGUAACUGAGAUCUACUGGUGAGGUAACUCAGAUCUACUGGUGAGAUGUCUUAGGUUUACUUGCAGAUAGUAGUUGCGGCCUGCUUGUAGAAACUUAUAUAGUCAUGCGGCGUUGUAGGUAGGUGGCUGCUGUUUGCUUGUAAAGAUUAUGCGGUCCCUGCCGGGAACUUUCCUUGAAUCUUGCGGUUUGUUUGUGGAAUUUGUGCGGUCUGCCUGUAAACUCUAACAGUUCCUCUCAUAAAAGACGAUUCGGUUCUAUUUGUAGGAAUAAGUUUAAACAUCAUGUAUAGUAUAGAUAGAGGAAUGUAUUUCAAGAGUUACUGUUGUGAUAAUAAGUAUGUGUUCCUCAAGAAUAGCAUCAGUAUUGCAGGAAGGACUUAUAACAUUGAGGCGGGAAAGUAUGAGGUGUCCUCCGGAAAACUAGGGCCUGUUUAUCCUUCACAGGUAAGAAGAUGUGUAAGUAAGUAUGUGGGAAAGUCUGGGAUAGAUAUGGUUGUUAGUGUGAUUGUUAAGAUUAAGAAGUUACUAAAUAGUGAAAACCUUAAGUACUACCCUAGUAUGAGAUUCUAUAUUGUAAGAGUUUGUAGUGCACUUGGAAUUGAGCCAAAUGAGCAGUUGCGGGAUUUGUAUCCAUCCAAUGUUAAGGCUAAGCAUGAAUUCCUAUUCUACGGAAUAAUUGUUCCUACUAUUGGUCUCAAUGUGGCCAGCUGUAAAUAUUUUCAUGAGUGGUACAGAGAUCUUAGGCAAAGAGCGCGGGAUUUGGGAAAUGUUUGUAUUGGACCUGAAUGGAUAGAUUGGAAUGAUCGUUGGGAGGAGUUCUGGUAUCGUGAAGGUAAUGGGAUGAAUGAUAAAUUUAUAAUGUGUGGGAGAGGAAGAUAGUUAAACCUAUGGUAUAAUAUAAAUGGAUGGUUGGAAGAAAUUCGAGUUUAAGAAACUGCUGGAAAAGCAUCACAGUGGGGAAGACUACCAUACACUGUUGGACUGCCUUAUGAAAAUUAGAAAUGUUGUAGAUGAACUUGGUGGAGUUAGAAUGCCUCAGCUAAAGAGCGUCGUAUUGAGAACCUGCAGCAGACUUGGUAUUGAUACAACUAUUACUGACUCUAGGAGUAAAGAGGUAAUUUUACAAAAUGAAGAUAUUCUAUUUGGUCGGGUUUAUCCUAUUCUUGGUUGGGAACCGCGUGAUUGUAAAUACUACAGAGAAUGGUUAAUUAGAAAGCUGGAGAAGCGAACUGAGCUCGAAAACCUUGAUUUAAACAGAAAACUAAAUAACUGCUCUGUAAAGACCGAAAUUGAUAGUGUGGGGUCUCCCUGACAGGUAAAAUAGGUAUUGUGGAGGCCGUCUGUGAAAAUAGGAUAAUUACGUUAAACAUCACGUAUAGUAUAGAGUAAAAAUGGAAAACAAAUUGGCAAAAAGUAUGACAAAAAAUACGUCAAUAAAUACAGUAGAAAAUACGUCAAAAAAUUCUGACACAUAUUAUAUAGAGAAGAAGAUGGAAAAUCCUGCUGAUACGAUGAAGGCUUACGCUGAGAUGAUAACUAAGAUGCAAGCUCAGAUGGCUGCUAUGAUGGCAAAAGAUGAGGCUCGUGAUAAGGAGAUAGCGGAGUUGAAAAAGAAGGGUGAAGUUAGUGAGAAGAAGCUGAAGGCUCUUGAGAAGGAUAACAGAAAGCUUAAGAAGGAAGGUGAAUCUAAUAAGAAGAGUCUUGGUGUGCUUAGAAAUGAUAACAGGAAGCUAAAGAGAAAUAUUGCGGCAAUGAGAGUUGGUGAGGAAGGAAUUGAGAUUAUAGGUGAAACAGCUACUCCAACAUUGCAUAAGACUAUAAACUAUGAAAAGACUGGUGAAAGUGAUGAGGGGACAAUUGAGAAGUUCACUUUGGGAAUAAGUAGACCUGACUUCGGUGGACAACUCGAUGUUAGUCGUAAGAUUGUUGGUGACCUACUCAAAUCUGUUCUUGACCGACCAGUAAAGUUUGUUGAGACUCUUGUGUUGAAAAUGGUAAAGGGUCUUCUUAGUAAGAAUGCUGCUGUUGAUCUUCCAAUGGAAAGUGAGACUAUAACCGUUAUGAAUGAAAGUGAAGUUGAAGAUGCGGUUAGACUUAGUGCUGAGAGAAUUAUAGCUAAGAUUGAAUCUUACCAGGAUCGUGGUAGCAAUUGGAGGGUGAUCUUGGUUGAGAAACAUGAAGUUGACGUUGUUCACUUCAAUCCAUUGGUUGGCAGUUCAUUUAUUGAGUUACCUGCUCCUCUGAAGUCUAAUAAGAAUGGGCUAAUUAACAUUGUGAACACUGAUGAUGACGAGUGCUUUAGAUGGUGUCAUGUAAGACAUUUGAAGCCAAAGGAUAAGAGGGCAACUGAGAUUACUAGGUCCGAUAGAGAGUUUGCCAAGACACUCAACUACAACGGUAUUGGGUUUCCUGUGAGGAUAGAUGACAUUCCAAAGAUUGAGAAGGCAAAUGAGAUCAGAAUUACCGUGAUUAUGUUGAAGGGAGAGAAGAUGUUCUUUCCAAGGUAUACAUCAAAGUUUGACUAUAAGGAUCAUAUGGAGUUGCUGCUGAUGGAGGACAAUGAGGGAAAUACCCACUAUGUCCUUGUGAGGGAUAUUAGCAUGUUACUCAGUAGUCUAAGUAAGACUCAACAUAAGAGAUUCUACUGCCUUAGUUGCCUCAAUGGGUUCAACUCACAGGAACGAUUGGAUAAACAUAGUGGGACAUGUAGAGAGGUGAACGGAACGCAGAAAACUAUGAUGCCCAAGAGAGGUAGCAAAGUUGUAUUCAAGAAUCAUAAGAGACAAUUACCUGUUCAGUUUGUAAUAUACGCUGACUUUGAAUCGUUGCUGAUCCCUGUUGAUGGGGAGGGCAAAUGCCUGCGUAAGACACAUGACCAUGAGAUGUGUAGCUACGGUUUCAAGAGAGUGUGUUACUUUGAUGGUAAGUAUGAUGGUGAAUAUAAAAGCUAUAGGGGAGUUGGCGCGGUCGGGAGAUUCUUGAGUGACCUGCUGGGUGAAGUUGAGGAGUGUAAUAAGAUUAUCCAAAGUGAGUUCAACAAGGUCGCAAUUAUGAGUGUCAAGGACUAUGAUAAACUUGAGAAGGCAGUUGAGUGUCACAUCUGUGGUGGUAAGUUUAGUGAGGGUGAUAAGAAGGUGCUUGAUCAUUGUCAUGUUACUGGUAAGUUUAGAGGUGCGGCCCAUAACUCGUGUAACUUGAAUUUUAAGUUAACUGGAAAGAUCCCUGUUGUAUUUCACAAUCUACGCGGUUAUGAUGGUAACUUUAUUAUGCAGGGUGUUGCUGAACUCGGUGAGAAGAUUGAAGUGAUUGCAAAUAAUAUGCAAAAGUAUAUGUCCUUCAGAGUGGGUAAACAGUUGGUCUUCAUUGACUCUAUGCAGUUCAUGAGCAGUAGUCUUGAGGCUCUUGUUGGGAAUCUUGAUAAGAGUCGUUUCAAGAGAAUGCAAAGUGAAUGGCAAGGAGAGGAGCUUGAGAUGUUACUUAAGAAGGGAGUUUACCCUUACGAGUAUAUGAGUUGUUGGGAGAAAUUUGAUGAUAAAAGCUUACCUGAGAAAUCUGCCUUCUAUAGUUCACUGUAUGAGGAAGAGGUUAACGAUAAUGACUAUUCGAGAGCGUGCAAAGUAUAUAAAAAGUUUGACUGUAAGAGUUUAGGUGAUUAUCAUGACUUGUAUCUGAAGACUGACGUGUUGUUGUUAGCAGAUGUAUUCGAAGACUUUAGAAGAGUUUGUCUGGAUGCUUAUAAGUUGGACCCUGCACAUUACAUUUCUGCUCCUGGACUUAGUUGGGACGCUAUGUUGAAAAGAACAGGUGUAAAAUUGGAUUUGCUUUCUAAUGUUGACAUGUAUCAGUUCAUUGAGAAGGGAAUGCGUGGUGGGGUAAGCUAUAUUGGUCAUAGAUACGCGAAGGCAAAUAAUAAAUAUAUGAGUGACUAUGAUCCUGAAAAACCAAGUAGCUACAUAAUGUAUCUCGAUGCAAAUAACCUCUAUGGACAUGCGAUGAGUGAGGAGCUACCAUAUGGAAAAUUUAGGUGGAUUGAUGUUGACAAGGUUAAGCUUGAAGAUUAUGGUAAAGGUAAAGAGAAAGGUUUGAUACUGGAGGUUGAUCUUGAAUAUCCAAGUGAACUUCAUAAGUUACAUAGUGACUAUCCUCUAGCUCCAGAGAAAAUGGAAAUCAGUGAUGACAUGUUGAGUGAAUAUGCAAGGUCUAUAAAAGAGGCUCACGGUGGUAGGUCAACUGGUGUAAAAAAGCUGGUAACCACACUGACUGGGAAGACCUCCUAUGUAUGUCAUGUUAAUAAUCUUAAGUUGUACAUGGGGUUGGGGAUGAAGUUGGUGAAGAUAAGAAGAGCAUUUGAGUUUGCUCAUUCAAAGUGGCUCAAGGGUUACAUUCAGUUUAACACCGAUAUGAGAACAGUUGCUAAAAAUGACUUUGAGAAGAACUUCUUCAAGUUGAUGAAUAACUCUGUGUUUGGAAAGACAAUGGAGAACCUUAGAAAAAGGGUUGACGUGAAACUAAUGGUCGACGGUAACAAGCUGAAGAAGGCGGUUGCAUCACCAUGUUUCGUAAGGGCUAAAGUACUGAGUGGCGGUCUAGUUGCGGUUAAGAAGGUAAAGGAAGUGUUACUCCUGAACAAGCCUGUGUAUAUUGGAAUGAGUAUUCUUGAUCUGUCGAAAACGGUAAUGUAUGACUUUCACUAUAAUCAUAUAAGAAAGAUUUAUGGUAGCCGAGCAAAGUUACUUUUCACGGAUACAGAUAGUUUAAUGUACAGGUUGCACACUGAUGAUGCGUAUAAAGAUGCGGCGAACUUUUCUGAUAAGUAUGAUACCAGCGGUUACAAUAAGAACUCGCCCUUCUAUGAUGAGACUAAUAAGAAAGUCAUCGGUAAAUUUAAGGAUGAAGCUGGCGGUAUACCUAUAAGAGAAUUCAUUGGGUUGCGGUCAAAGAUGUACAGUUAUGAGAAAGAUGAUGGGGGAGGUGGUAAGACAGCUAAAGGUGUAAAAAAGUAUGUAAUCAAAAAGUUCAUCACUCACGAAGACUAUAAGAGGACGCUGGUGGAGGGUCUUCAGAUGAAACAUAGUAUGAACGUUAUAAGAAGCAACUGUCAUGAUGUUGGAACGUACAAUUUAAGAAAGGUCUCACUGAGCGCCUUUGAUGAUAAAAGGUUUCUGCUCACUAACGGAAUAUCAAGCCUGGCAUAUGGACAUGUAAAACUAAGUUCAGGCAAGGAUAAUCACCGUUUAGGUUGCCAAAACAGACUUAAGAGUUAAUUUCCAUAUCAAAUAGGGAAGGUAAACGGAGAGGCUGUUGGAGCAGUAAAAAGUGACUUCAAUUUGUCAUUCAGAGAAGAAAAUGAAAAUAAAAGUGGUGUUUUUUACAAAAAAUGUAUGUUAAAAAGAUUUCAGAAGAGGCAAAUCGGUGAAAUCUCGGGAGUCGGGCGAGGUACAAAAAAUUUUGAGAAAUGAGCAAAAGUGCCUUUGAAAUGGCUCUAGAACGUGUAAAAUCAUUGUUUUCAGAGAAUCAUCAAAAAUUGAUGAACCGAUAUCCUACCACCUCGAAAAUUUAGAAUUGCAUUCUGAGCACUAUUUUAGUGGUUGUAGAGGGUCUAGAACGCUAAAAUUGAUAAAGUAAAAAAAGUGGUCGUAGAUGGUCUGUGAGCAUCAAUGUGUGUGUUGCCGAUGGUAAAUACAGCAUAAAAAUGGUGUUGAAACGGUCGUCUGAGACCCAAAAUUAGUACAUCAAAUUUAGUGUUGUAGAGCGUCUAGAAUUACAAAAAUGGUUAAUAUUGACGAAAAAAAGUGGUAAGAUAUCGGCAUUUUACAUACUACUUGUUUUAACCUUAGAAUUUCCAGGGGAGAGGUGCAUUAACUUUAAAUUUUCAGUGGAGGGAAUACAUUAACCCUGGAAUUUCCAGGGAAGGGGGCAUUCAGGCUCUGGAUUUCCAAGGGGAGGAAAAAUUCUCACAUGGAAUUUCCAGAGGGGUAAAUUUGAUGGGAUGGCAAUUCUAUGGGAGGACAAUUGUUAGAGGGAAAUUUCCAGGAGUAACUGUCCCAUGAUGGAAAUUCCAUAGAGAGGGGUAAUUUACACAUGGAAAUUGCCUGGACAGGGCCAAAUUUUAAAUGGAAUUCCAUGGAGAAGGCCUAAUUUAAAAUGGAAGUUCCAUGGGGAAGGGUAAUUUUUACAAGGAAACUCCAUGGGAAGGGGUAAAUUUUACAUGAAAAUUUGCGGAAAUUCCAGGGGAGUACCGACAUGAGAAAGGGGUUCCUCAACAGGGGGGUAUAUAGAUAGAUUGACUUUAUUUGAAAAGGGUGACACUUAAUAGUACGAAGUACUAAUGAACUUGUGGACCUCAUAAAAUUUACAAAAAAAUAAUAAUUGGAUUAGAUAAUAAUGGUGCAGCUAAUAAUUGGAAUAGCCCAAUUGGGAAGGAUUUCUAAGGGCCAAGCAAAAUUCUAGAUUAUUGUUAUUAGUGUAAAUGUAUAUUAUAAUACCUGGGUAGAUUCAUGAUCAUCGGCUUCUUCAUCUAUUUCGUUUGGAGCUUCGGGUUUAACAAAUCUCACGUAGAAUACCUUAUUAUCUGGAAUUUGGUUCAUGUUUUUACAAGAUGGACCACGUUCCCCAGCGAGGAUGUCACACACCAUGCCUUUUUCAAUGUGCUUAGCAAAAGACUUUUGACAAGAUUCAACUAUGUUUUCGAAUGUCAUCUCAUCGUGUUCAAAUGGAACAAACUCUUGUGGGCCAAUUCGAGUAUACUUCUGCUGUUUUCCUGUCACUUCUGAGCUCAUUCUCUGAACUAUGAUAUCGCUUUCAAAUCCUUUGACUGUCCUUUGCCUUUCUUCCCUCGUUUUGCCAUUCGGUUUUCACGUUGCUUGAUCUUAAACUGUCUCCAAUCCGACAUUUUGUCAUAUUGUGAUGUUUGGACUUUCCAUGUGCUCGAUGAGUUGAUGGAUACAGUAGGUGAUCGGACUAGAUAUAAGGAUAUAAAAUUUGUAACGCGCGCAUGGCAUCAUGGUAGUGGCAGCGCUCGGCCAUAAGGAAAUUUACUUUUAUUUUUGUUUGCAUUUCACUUUGAAUAUAACUUUAGUUUUCGGUUGAAGUUGUAUUUGGAAUGAACUUUUAUUUUAAAUUGCUUUAGCUUUCGCAUUUCAAAUGAAAAAAAG